AUGGGCUCAAUCGGUAUCCCCACCUACCAAAUCCUCGAACAACCCAGCCAAACUGCCCGCAAGAUCAAAAUCAUCGUCAUCGGCGCCGGUGCCAGCGCCAUCAAUUUCGCCCACGAUGUCGACACCAGCACUCUGGAUCUCGACUUGGUGAUUUACGAAAAGAACCCCGAGAUUGGCGGGACCUGGUACGAGAAUCGGUAUCCGGGGAGUGGGUGUGAUAUUCCGAGUGUGAAUUAUCAAUUUUCGUGGGCGCCUUGGUCGGAGUGGGAGUCUUUUUAUUCGAAAGCACCGCAGAUACUCCGGUAUAUGCAGGAUGUUGCGGCGAGGAAUGGACUGAACAAGUAUGUCCGCGUUGGCCAUAAAGUGGUUGGAGCUGUGUGGAGUGAGGAAGAGCAGAAAUGGCAUGUUCGUGUAGAGCAUGAUGGGGAGGUUAUUGAGGAUGUCGGAGAUAUCCUGGUGAAUGCCAGUGGUGUUCUCAAUAAAUGGAAAUGGCCAGCCAUUCCAGGCCGAGAAUCAUUCCAAGGCCCGAUGCUGCACAGCGCGCACUGGGACGAUAAAAUCCAGCUCAAGGGCAAGAAAGUCGCAGUGAUUGGGUCUGGAUCGUCUGCUGUUCAGAUUGUCCCGACCAUCCAGCCUGAUGUAUCCGAGUUGAAAUGCUUCAUCCGAAGUGCCUCGUGGGUCACAGCGGGAUUUGGCCAGCGGUUUGCAGGAAAGGGUGGCUCCAACUUCGACUACACCGAAAAACAAAAGAACAUUCUCCGCAACGACCCCAAAAAGUACCUGGCCUACCGCAAGAAGAUCGAAUCCGAGCUCAACUCUCGAUUCCGCUUUAUCCUCAACGGGUCUAAAGAACAGGCCGAAGCAAGAGCUUACGCCGAGAAAGACAUGCGCACCAAGCUCGCAACUCGCCCUGAGAUAGCAGACCUGAUCGUCCCCCAGAACUUUGCCGUUGGAUGUCGUCGACCGACUCCUGGCAAUGGCUAUCUUGAAGCUCUGUGCGAGGACAACGUGGCUGUUGUAUCGCAGUCGAUUCAAGAAAUCACAUCCAAGGGCAUCAAAACAGCCGAUGGAGUCGAGCAUGAAGUCGAUGUGAUCGUCUGCGCUACUGGCUUUGAUGUCAGCUGGAGACCGUAUUAUCCCACCAUCGGCCGAGGAGGACGAAGUCUCAGCGAGGAAUGGAAGGAUAUCCCGAGCACUUAUCUGUCCAUUACCGUGCCUCACUUCCCCAACUAUCUCAUCUUCAACGGCCCCUUCGGCCCCUACGGCCACGGCUCCUUCCUCCCCAUAACGGAAACCCUCUCGAAGCACUUCCUCCGCAUCUUCGAAAAAAUGUCCGACGAAGGCAUCACCUCCUUUUCGCCCAAGGAAGAAGCCGUCGCCGACUUUGCGGAGCACAGACGCCAAUUCAUCCCCCGGACCGCGUGGUCGUCGCCGUGUCGUUCGUGGUUCAAGCAGGGGACAAUCGACGGGGAAGUCAUGAUGUGGCCUGGUUCGCGGAUUCACUUUUUCGAGACGAUGAAGAAUGUGCGCUGGGAGGAUUACGAGCUGCGGUAUACUACGACGAAUCGAUUUGGGUAUUUGGGGAAUGGGUUUGCGAGGAGAGAGUUUGAUGGGCGGGACUUGUCGUGGUAUUUGGGGUUGUUGGAGGGGAAGGAUGAGCAGCCUGUAUUAGGGGAUGAGGAGUUUGAGGAGUUUAUGUGUUGUUAGUUAUACAUAGACAGAGUUAUUGUUCAAUUGUAC